CCUCCUCCUGUCCCCCGAGGUCGCUACCGCAGCAGGCGACUCCUUGGGCACCAGGCAGCUAACGGACACAGCCACUGGCCUGAGCAGCAGCGGCAUGGGCAGCGUCAGCCCGGGCCUGAGCAGCGCACCCCCCAACAUUGUGUUUCGGACAGGCCCAGAGAAGGUGACCACAGGGGCAGGCGUGUCUGAGAGACGGAACUGGAGCCCCAGCCCCCCUGCCACGCCCGAGCAGGGCCUGUCUGCCUUCUACCUCUCCUACUUCGACAUGCUGUACCCUGAGAACAGCAGCUGGGCCUCCAAGGGCCCCGGGGCAAGCACUCGGGACGAGGUGCCAGAGGAGCCUGAGCAGUGCCCAGUGAUCGACAGCCAAGCCCCCGGGGGCAGUCUGGACUUGGCGCCGGGUGGGCUGACCCUGGAGGAGCACUCGCUGGAGCAGGUGCAGUCGAUGGUGGUGGGCGAGGUACUCAAGGACAUUGAGACAGCCUGCAAGCUGCUCAACAUCACCGCAGACCCCGUGGACUGGAGCCCUGGCAAUGUGCAGAAGUGGCUCCUGUGGACGGAACACCAGUACCGGCUGCCCCCCGUGGGCAAGGCCUUCCAGGAGCUGGGGGGCAAGGAACUGUGUGCCAUGUCAGAGGAGCAGUUCCGCCAGCGUUCACCCCUGAGUGGGGAUGUGCUUCACGCCCACCUGGACAUCUGGAAAUCAGCGGCCUGGAUGAAAGAGAGGACUUCCCCUGGGGCGAUUCACUACUGUGCUUCGACCAAUGAGGAGAGCUGGACAGACAGCGAGGUGGACUCAUCCUGCUCUGGACAGCCCAUCCACCUGUGGCAGUUUCUCAAGGAGCUGCUGCUCAAGCCGCACAGCUACGGCCGCUUCAUCCGGUGGCUCAACAAGGAGAAGGGCAUCUUCAAAAUUGAGGACUCGGCCCAGGUGGCCCGGCUGUGGGGCAUCCGCAAGAACCGCCCUGCCAUGAACUACGACAAGCUGAGCCGCUCCAUCCGCCAGUAUUACAAGAAGGGCAUCAUCCGGAAGCCGGAUAUCUCCCAGCGCCUCGUCUACCAGUUUGUGCACCCCAUCUGA